AUGUUUGAGGCCGACAAGGACAAGAUGGGAAGUGUGUCAGAUCCUACCAAAGGUGUGGUCUCUGUGAUAGGCCCCGCCUCCAGCCCCGCCUCCGGGUCGACUAUCAGCCACAUCUGUGGGGAGAAGGAGAUCCCUCACUUGAAGAUCGGUCCGGAGGAAACCCCGAAGCUGCCGUACCUUCGCUUCGCCUCGGUGACGCUCUACCCGAGCAACGAGGACCUGAGCCUGGCCAUCGGAUCCAUCCUGCGCUCCUUCGGAAACCCGACGGCCAGCCUCAUCUGUGCCAAAGCAGAGUGCCUGCUGAGACUGGAGGAGCUGGUCCGUCGCUUCCUCAUCUCCAGGGAGACGCUGUCGGUGAGGAUGCUGGACGAGAGUCUGGACCCGACUCCUCUGCUGAAGGAGAUCCGUGACGAUAAGGUGGCCACCAUCAUCAUCGACGCCAACGCCUCCAUCUCCUACCACAUCCUCAGGAAGGCGAACGAGCUGGGGAUGACGUCGGCCUUCUACAAAUACAUCCUCACCACCAUGGAUUUCCCUCUGCUCCGGCUGGACGACGUGGUGGGCGAGCAGUCCAACAUCGUGGGCUUCUCCAUGCUCAACAGCAGCCACUCCUUCUACCUGGAGUUCAUCAGGAGCCUCAACCUGUCGUGGAGAGAAGGCUGUGAGCUCGGCCCCUACCCAGGACCGGCGCUGUCGUCGGCCCUGAUGUUCGACGCCGUCCAUGUGGUGGUGAGCGCCGUCCGGGAGCUGAACCGCAGUCAGGAGAUCGGAGUGAAGCCGCUGAGCUGCACAUCACCGCUCAUCUGGCAGCACGGAACCAGCCUCAUGAACUACCUACGCAUGGUGGAGUACGACGGUCUGACGGGUCACAUCGAGUUCAACAGCAAAGGACAGAGGACCAACUACACCCUGAAGAUCCUGGAGAAGCACCCAGCGGGACAUAAGGAGAUCGGCAUCUGGUACUCCAACAACACGUUGGCCAUGAACUCCACCUCUCUGGACCUGAAUGCCUCAGAGACUCUGGCUAACAAGUCUCUGAUCGUCACCACCAUCCUGGAAAACCCAUAUGUGAUGCGUAAGUCCAACUACCAGGACUUCCAGGGCAACGACCAGUACGAGGGCUUCUGCGUGGACAUGCUGCGGGAGCUGGCCGACAUCCUCAAGUUCUCCUUUAAGAUCAAGCUGGUGGACGACGGGCUGUACGGAGCGCCGGAGCCCAACGGGAGCUGGACCGGGAUGGUGGGGGAGCUGAUCAACAGGAAAGCCGACCUGGCGGUGGCCGGCUUCACCAUCACUCAGAGAGAGAAGGUGAUCGAUUUCUCCAAACCCUUCAUGACUCUGGGGAUCAGCAUCCUGUACCGGGUCCAUCUGGUAAGCUCUCCUUUAUGUUUCCCUUCUUUACUCCUGUCCUCCAUCAGAAACAGUUUUAGUGUCCUGAGGAUGAAAGCAGGUCCAGAAACACUUUGACAGUCGACC